UGAAGGACAAAAUGAUUACUUGCAAGUUUUAGCCUUUAUGAAUAAAGCUGUUAAAAAUAUCUGUGUUGCAGGUUUUUGAGUGGAUGUAAGUUUUCAACUCUUUGAGUAAAUACCAAGAAGUGUGGUUGCUGGAUCUUAUGGGAAGAAUAUGUUUAGUUUUGUAAGAUUCCACUAAACUGUUUUCCAAAGUGUGUGUACCAUUUUAUAUUCCCACCAGCAAUGAGUGAGAGUCCCUGUUGCUUUAAGUCCUUACCAGCAUUUGGUGUUGUCAGUGUUCUGGAAUCUGACCAUUCUAAUAGGCAUGUAUUGGUGUCCUACUGCCACUUUAACUUGCAUUUCCCUGAGGACUAAUGAUGUGGAACAUCUUUUCAUAUACUAAUUUACCAUCUUUAUAUCCUCUUUGAUGAGGUGUCUUUUAAGGUCUAUGGUCCAUUUAUUAAUUGGACCCAUUUCCUUUCUUUCUUGCACUUUUGGUUGGGAAAAAAAAUAGUUGUUUGUCUUAAUGAGAGUCUCCAUUUUGGGUUUUGCUGAUUGCACCUUUAUAGUUUCAUUUAGCAUGUUCUUCUCUUCCUUGCAUUUCUUCUUUUUUUCCCCACACAUUUAUUGAUUUUUGAGAGAGCGCAAGCAGGGGAGGGGUAGAGAGAGUGUGGGACAGAAGAUCUGAAGUGGGCUGUAUGCUGACAGCAGAAAGCCGGAUGCACGGCCCAAACUCAUGAACCAUGAGAUCAUGACUUGAGCCAAAGUCGGAGGCUUAACCAACUGAGCCACCCAGGCAUUCACUCCUCUCUUCCCUGCAUUUCUUAACUGAUAUUUAGAUCUAAACUGAGGUUUGGUAAGAUUUUUUUGGACUAGGGAAGAGUGCUAUUUCAGAGUUGAUAUUUCAAGUUUCUAGAGUCCAUUGAGAUAUUUAAAAUAGCUCCUUCUUUUUUGUAUUGUUAUUGAUCGUUGGUGACCAUUACCUAGAUGCAUUAAUUCAUUAGGGGUUUGAAAAUUAUGGUAUUCUAGUUCUUUCAUCCUUUUUUUGUUCAUUAUUUGGAAUAUUUCUAUAGAGAAAAAAAAUGUCUUCACAUUUUAAUGAUUCUAAUGACUAGGAAAGACAGGAUAAAUGUAAUUUUUCUCCUAAGUACCAGUUUUAAAUGUAUUGAAGUGGUUCCUUAGAAGCAUCCAGAGUUUAACAUGUUCUUUUUUUGGAGUGCUAUGAAUUCAUGAAUUUAAACAUUCUAUAUAUUUCAACCAUUACAGUUACUUUUCUUAAUGAUGAAAAUUUCCUACAGUUGGUUAGUGGGAGCUUGUUCAAAUUCGCCCAUGAGUUACUGGGGCACAAUCUAGUCUUCAAGGCCUCCCUGCUUUUUUGUAUGACAAAUAUUCUGGGCUCAUCUUAUAUUCUCAGACCUGGUAGUAAUCACAUAUUGAGAAGCCAUGAUUCCUUUUUUAUAGCAUUUAUAGACCCAAUUCAGUGCUGGUUGCACUUAUUGCUACUGGUUGAUCAUUGGUUUUAGACCUUUUCAGUGCAGAGAGCUAAGAUAUAUAUCACUCAGACUGAAAACUCCUGGUUCAAAUAUAGGACUACCAAGUUUUUCUUAACCUGGUUCAUCUUAAAUUAUAAAUGACAUUUUAAGCCAUGAGCCUGGAUGAGGUGAUUUGGAAGUAUAUGUAGAUAGGGCAAAGAAGAUAUUCUAAGGACUGAACUGUGGAGUGCUGUGGCAAUGAAUAUUAACAGGAAAUGACCACUUAGCCAGGAGGAAAACAAAGAGAGUGUGGGGUUAUAAAAACCGGGUGAAGAGAAUGGAUUAAAGAGAAGGACACAAUCAAUGGUAUGCAAUUCUGCUAAUAGCUCAAUGAAGAUGAAGCCCAGAAACUGCUGAAUUUAUUAAUUUGAAGGCCUUUGAUGUUAUUUAUGAAAGUAGUUGUGGUAGAGUUGUGGAGGCAAAAAAAAAAAAAAAAAAAAGAAAAACAGAGCUGGUGGGACAAGAAUUGGAGAAGAGGAAUUUUAGGUAAGGAGUACAGACGAAAGCUUGGUCUUAGAAACAUGGACCAUACAACCAUAGGAAUAGAAGAGGAAACAAAUCAGAUGAAUACAAAUGCAGAUGGAGAGUAAAGGUGGUGGGGGAAGAGUACAAUAUUUCUCUCCUGAUUUCAUCAGUGAGUUCCCUAAGCAAGGUCAUCAGCUGAUAAUGAAAGUUGGGAAAGAAAUGUUGAGGGUUUGAGAGAAGUCAUUUGGAAGAAAGGGAAAGGGAUUAGGUUAUUAAAAGUUAUGCUUAACAAUGCCUCUAAGACCCAGUGAGGUCAGUGGUCAUAAAUUUAAGAUAAGCCCUUAUGUCAUGUUAAUGAGUUUUUCUUCAACUAUUUAAAACAGUGUGGGUGUAAAUACAGAGUAGAGAGAAAUUUGAAUUUAACCCAACUGUGGUUUGUCAAGGAAGAACAAAUUGACCAAUGGACAAAGGAAGUGAUGCGCUGUGCAAGUGAGUGAUUAAAACAGUUAUGUGAAACAACUCAGGUAAGGAGGGAAAUGACAAUAUGAAUGAUAUGGGUUAAGUUGUGUCCUCCCCCCUAAAAACAUAUGUUGAAAUCCUAAUGCCCUGUAUCAGUGAAUGUGACCUUAUUUGGAAAUAGGGUCUUUGCAGAUGUGAUCAAGUUAAGAUGGUCACUGGAAUGGGUCCUCAUUCACUAUGACUGUCCUUUUCAGAAUAGGAGAAGACAGAGACACAUAAGAGACAACGGUCAUGAGACAAUAGAGGCAGAGAUUAAAGUAAUGAAUCUACGAUUCCAACAAUUGUCAACAAACAUUGACGGUAGAAGAGAAGGAAGAAUCCCUUCUUUAGGUUUCAGUGGGAGUAUGGCUCUGCUGACACCUUAGUUUUGGACAUUUAGCUUCCAAAACUGAGAUAAUAAAGUUCUGCAGUUUUAAGCUCCCCAGUUUGUGGGGGCUUUGUUAAUGCAGCCCUAGAAAACUCAUUCAUUUAUGGUUAAUUUCACACCACAGCAGCAGAGGUGAGUGGUUAUGGUAAAGUUUAUAUGGCCUGCAAAACCUAAAACAUUUACUAUUUGACCCUUUGCAGGAAAAGUUUGCUGAUCUAAAAUACGGAAGUAGGAUAUAGUCCAAUGAAAGACUACAUAUGAGAAGUGCUGAAUAUUGUGUAAAGUAAGUAGUAUGUACAUUCAAAACUGUAACUUUAACUGUGGACUGAAGAGGUCAGAAAAGGAAUCAUGUUAGAGAGUGAACUUGAGUAAGCUGAAGAUACACCAAAUUACACUCUCGGGAAAAUUCCAUUUGUUGGUGAGGAAACGUAGGCUCUUUGCACUUUGGGAUAGUAAACACUGCUUCCCUUUGAAUGCACUAAUGGCCACACUGUUAAACACAUUGAAAAUACAAGACCUAUUGCAAUGCUUGCUCACUAGCAAAAGCUAGUUUGAUUGCUAAAAUAAAAUAUUUGGUCUUUCAGAAUCUGAAUGUACCAUUGCCUCAUUGUAAGAUUUAUCACUUUAUUUGUAUCCUUUUUUUUUUUUUCAUUUGUAGUGAAAUGUGCUUAUAACCUUUGAUUUUUGGUUAAUGAUCCUUACCAUUGUGUGAACUGAAAUUGUGUAUGUAAUGAUGAUACUUUCCAGUCAUUUAUAACAUUUUGUUACUUGGAAUAUACUUCUGAAUAGCUCAUAUAGUUUAAUCUUUAAGAGAUCCCCAUGAAUCUAUUUUAUUUUGAAUAAAAAUUCUGCUUCACAGAGGAAGAAGCUGAAAUUGAGUAAAGUUUAGUGACCAGGUCAGAGUCACAGCCAUUUAAGAAUAUGAUGGAUCUUGGAUAAUACCGGUAGCAAAUUCAUUUAUUACCAUAACCAAAUGCAAGCUAAUAUGGCUCAGAAUCCUCCUAAAAUGGUACUCUUGGAAAAAGAAUUUAUUGUAAUUUUAGAAUUUUUCAGUGCAAGGAGUUCUCUCUCCUUAGAAUUUAGAUAGCAUAAACAAGUGGAUGCUGAAAAAUCCAAUGUUGUUUUGUUUUUUUCUUUUUCUAUUGGGUCCUUAUAAAUUGUGGAUGUGAGCAACUGAUCCUGUGCCUGAGAAUUAACUCUUUCUAGAAAGAACUCUGCAGAGCCUUGAUCCUGACCUGAAGUAUCCCAAUGAUGUCUCAAGGAGCAGCUGGCUUAAAAACUUCUUGGAAGGAGAAGGAGGGAUCUUUGUUACAGACUUCCGCCCCUCCUCCUGCUUCUGUUCCCUUCCCCUCUGCCCCCUGCAGAGUUUUGUUUCUGGGAAUCAGCAAGCUCUCCCCACCUGGCAGAACUGCUCAGAGCUGCUGUAGAAUUCACCCCAGUUUCCUCUUUCAGUCUGUGGAGUGGGGUCCAGCCUCUUGCUGAGCAAGUUGAGAGGAAUUGGCUGUCUUUGAUCUCCACCUCCAGAAGCAACCUUGACAGGAUCAGAGUCAAGGAAUAUUUUCAUAAUGGACACUUCAUCCAAAGAAAAUAUCCAGUUAUUCUGCAAAAGUUCAAUGCAACCUGUCGGGCAACCUUCCUUAACAACAGAAUAUUCUUCCUCAAAGGAGAAACAACAGUGCUGUGGUGAACUGAAGGUAUUUUUGGGUGCCUUGUCUUUCGUUUACUUUGCCAAAGCAUUGGCAGAAGGCUAUCUGAAGAGCACCAUCACUCAGAUAGAGAGAAGGUUUGAUAUCCCCUCUUCACUGGUGGGAGUUAUUGAUGGUAGUUUUGAAAUUGGGAAUCUCUUAGUUAUAACAUUUGUUAGCUACUUUGGAGCCAAACUUCACAGGCCAAAAAUAAUCGGAACAGGGUGCCUAAUCAUGGGAGUUGGAACACUGCUCAUUGCAAUGCCUCAGUUCUUCAUGCAGCAGUACAGAUAUGAAAAGUAUUCUUUCUCUAAUUCCACUCUGAGCAUCUCUCCAUGUCUCCUGGAGUCAGACAAUCAACUACCUAUCUCAAUUAUGGAAAAAUCACAAUCCAAAAGAAGUGAUGAAUGUGAAAUUGAUGCCAGCUCUUCCAUGUGGAUUUAUGUUUUCCUGGGGAACCUUCUUCGUGGAAUUGGGGAAACUCCUAUUCAGCCUCUAGGCAUUGCCUACCUUGAUGAUUUUGCCAGUGAAGACAAUUCUGCUUUCUAUAUUGGGUGUGUGCAGACGGUUGCAAUUAUAGGACCAAUCUUUGGCUUCCUGCUAGGCUCAUUAUGUGCCAAACUGUAUGUUGACAUUGGCUUCGUAAACCUAGAUCACAUAACCAUUACUCCCAAGGAUCCUCAGUGGGUAGGUGCCUGGUGGCUGGGUUAUCUAAUAGCAGGAAUUGUAAGUCUUCUUGCAGCUGUGCCUUUCUGGUGUUUACCAAAGAGUCUACCUAGACCCCGAAGUAGAGAGGAUUCCAAUUCUUCCUCUGAGAAAUCCAAGUUUAUUAUGGAUGAUCGCACAGACUACCAAACACCCCAUGGAGAAAAGUCAAAAAUAAUGGAAAUGGCAAGAGAUUUUCUUCCAUCACUAAAGAAUAUUUUUGGAAAUCCACUGUACUUGUUAUAUUUGUGUGCAAGCACUGUUCAGUUCAACUCUUUAUUUGGAAUGGUAACCUAUAAACCCAAGUACAUUGAGCAACAGUAUGGGCAGUCAGCCUCCAAGGCCAACUUCGUUAUUGGGCUCAUCAAUAUACCUGCAGUGGCCCUUGGAAUAUUCUCUGGGGGAAUAGUUAUGAAAAAAUUCAGAAUCAGUCUGUAUGGCGCUGCAAAACUCUACUUGGGAUCAUCUGUUCUUGGGUACCUCCUAUUCCUUUCCCUGUUUGCACUGGGCUGUGAAAAUUCUGAUGUGGCAGGACUAACUAUUUCCUACCAAGGAACCAAACCUGUCUCUUAUCAUGAACGAGCUCUCUUUUCAGAUUGCAACUCAAGAUGCAAAUGUUCAGAGACAAAAUGGGAACCUGUGUGUGGCGACAAUGGAAUCACAUAUGCAUCGGCAUGUCUCGCUGGCUGUCAGACCUCCACCAGGAAUGGACAAACUAUGAUGUUUUAUAACUGCACCUGUGUGGGAAUUGCAGCCUCAAAGUCAGGAAAUUCCUCAGGCGUGAUGGGCAGAUGUCAAAAAGAUAAUGGAUGUCCCAAAAUGUUUCUGUAUUUCCUUGUAAUUUCAGUCAUCACAUCCUAUACUUUAUCCCUAGGUGGCAUACCUGGAUACAUAUUGCUUCUAAGGUGCAUUAAGCCACAACUUAAGUCUUUUGCCCUGGGAAUCUACACCUUGGCAAUAAGAGUUCUUGCAGGAAUCCCAGCUCCCGUGUAUUUUGGAAUUUUGAUUGACACUUCAUGCCUCAAAUGGGGAUUUAAAAGAUGUGGAAGUAGAGGAUCCUGCAGAUUAUAUGAUUCAAAUGCUUUCAGACACAUAUAUCUGGGACUAACUGUGAUGCUGGGCACAGUGUCUAUUUUCCUAAGUAUUGCAGUACUUUUCACUUUAAAGAAAAAUUGUGUUUCAAAACAUAGAAGCUUCAGAACCAAGAGAGAAGGAACAAUGGUGUCUACAACAAUCAGGAAGGAAAACUGUACUACAGGUGAUCAUUUGCUACAACCCAACUACUGGCCAGGCAAGGAAACACAGCUUUAGAAAGCUUAUGACUUGAAGCCAUGUUUUCUAAUUUCUGGAAAUUCUGCAAAUAGAUUUCAAUCUAAAGGGUUUUAAAGUGUAAUUUUUUUUCUCCUUUCAAAAGAUGUCUUGGAUUUUGACCCUAGGUAUUAGGUGACGUAUCUGAUAACAAAUAUAAUGAAACAUAUAACAGACAAUGUAGAUAAUAAAGUUCAUCUAAACCUUUUAAUUCAUUAUAUUAUUUAUAUAAAUUACUUAUAUUAUUUACUCGUCCUGCUAAAUUUUGCCUUGUGCCCAUUGAUAUAGUAGCCGUAUUCCUAGUAGAACAAGUGUCCUAAUAGUCUAAUGGCUGUGUGUAAUUUCUAAACUGAGAUACUUGUCAAGGGGGAGAGAAUACUGUUAAAAAAUUAAAUUAUAUCUUGGCCUCCUUUAAAUAUGACCUUAAUGCAGAUGUUAGGAUAGAGUCAGAACAUGUAGAGAAAGAUAUUUUUAAGCUCUUCCUUUUUUUUUUUUUUUUUUUUUUUGGAAUACAGUAAUUGAUACAGAAAUGUGUAGUGGCAAAUAAUCUUGGGGGAUUAGAAUUUUGGAUUAUUACCUAUUCUACCAUUCAUUAUAUGUGCAUUGUGUGUGAUGCUUAAAGUGACCAUGGUGGUAAAGUAAUAAAAUUAAUAUUAACAUGCUUUAUUGUCCUUCUAUAAAUUUAGUGGAUUAAAAAUAUUGGUAACACAAUACUGUCCCAAUUUGAAUGUAAGCUGUUCCACACGUAUGCACGUGACGUUAUCCUAAAACAUAUUUGAAAGUUGAAUUUCUGAAAGUACAGUAGCCGUAGGUGUUAUAACAGGAAUGCAGACUGAGGGGUUGAGUGAUGGUGUGGUUCUUGGGUGCUCUAACUGGCACUCAUCACAGGGCCUAAUGGUUUCUGGGCAGGUUGCUGACACUGCUGUGGCCUGCCAGAUAGCUCUCUGUUUCUGGACAACUGAAUAAGUCAGGGCAGCCCUUUCCUCUUUGCGGGCUUCCUGGUGCUCCUCUGAGAAGAUAUAGUAGGCUCAGUGGUCCACCAUCUUUAAUCGUCAGCUCUAUUAUGUACUAUAUUUUUCUGUCUCCACAACAGCUGCAUAAGAGGGGCUUGGGCCUCACAAGAAAAGCAGAAUUAAGGUAGAGACCGCCCCAGUGGAAUCUCGAAAUUGUACUGCAAUUAUUAGCAGCCUAUACAACAAACAGAAUGUGCAAUCAGGAAACUCCCAAAAAUAAGUUUUUUGAGGAGUUUCUUGGAGCCUGUGUCCAACAAGAAGGUCUAGCUCAAAAAGGUAAUAGUCUUCAACAAUGGAAGGAUAAUAUAGUACAAACAAAAUAGUUUGCUGUCUUUUCAUUUUUCCAUUACAUACCAAUCCUGUAAGUAUGAAUAGAAAAAAAAAGAGAUGGAAAGUUUAGGAUGGAGAGAAGAGAAAAUUUCCUUUAAGUGUAUAUUCAUUUUGUCAUUUUAUUUGAAUUAGUGAUGCAAGAUUUUCUCAUAUUUUACUGUUUUUGAAAAUGAAAAUAGACGGUUUUUUGUUUCAAGCAUGCCUACAUCAGACCUGCUGCUGAUGUGCUAAUGUGAGAGCAGGAAUUCUUUUUUGUCAUCUCAGUAUCAAUCUUACCCACAAUAAAUAUUUACCAAGUUGGUGAGGGAGUAUACUUGUCAAGAAUUUGCUCGGUAGAGAUAUAAUUAAAGUUCAAGCUCUUCAUCCUGUCUCCCACAUCCUCUUUAUUUUUUAAACAUUUGUAGCAAUAUCAUGAAAAAUAAUUUUUUUGCAAGUAAAUCUGUAAACAGAAUCUUAUCCAAUUUACUCUUGAUAACUUGAAAAAUGAAUGUUGGCAUGAAAGUUGAUUGAGUGAUCUUUUUUUGUUAAUGUACUGUCAGUGAAAAGGAACCAUAUUUUUAUACAUAGCCAUUAAUUCAACAAGUGGAAUUCUGUAUAUGAAACUCAAAAAUAUGGCAUAUGAUUUAGUAUGAUUUAGUGGGAAUUGAAUUUGCAAAGAGAAACCCUGAUUAUUUUAGAUGAGUAAAUUCAUCUGACAGAAAUAAGCAGGCUUUUUAUGCCUCAAAAAGCACAUGAUUAUUUUUUUUUUCUAACAAACCAAACUUCAUUUCAGAGGUCAAAUAAAUUCCCUCAGUCCUAGGGCCAGACAUUUGGAGGUCAAGCCUUGACUGACAUGUGGGAAUCUCACAGUUGCUCCAUAUUCAAUGGGUCACUUUAUUCUCUUAUUCUCCAGCCUUUAGAAGUGGCCAGCACCUCAAAUGAACAUCUGAUUCUCUAUAAUUUUCAGACAGGUCAAUCUCCAGCUAUGCCAUUUUAUAAAUGGAGUGACUUAAAUUGGAUUAAAUGACUUACCCAAGGUGGAGGGGGACAAAUUAAUCCCGGGUUCCUCCAAUACAUCAUGAUGCCUCUAAAGCAGGUAAUAAAAAUGUUCUGAAAUUCUUAAAAACUAGAAGAAUUUUUGUGACAAUUAGCAUUUAAGAAAUCUCCACUUACAUAUUACAUAUUUAUAUGCUCAUACUUAAAGGGAGAUUGAAAAAAUACAUUGACUACAGCAUAUAAUCGAGAAUAAUUUUAAAAACAACUAUUAAGUUACUUUAUAACUAUUAAGUAUAAUAAUAUUAAGCACUCUCCAUAUGUGUGCUGAGUGCUUUAGACACAUUAUCUCAAUUUCAAAUAUCAAAAUAACAUUAUGUGGUAGUUAUAAUUACUGAUAUUUUUAGAGGAAAAAACUGAGGUUUAGUGAGUUUUAGUGACUUAUUUAAAAUCAUCAAGUCCUAGUAGUUGGUUGAGCCAAGAUUGAAAUUGAGUUAUAGCAGUUUUGAACAGUCACAUUAUGCCUGUAUUAAUCUAUAUCCUAAAUUGUCAUCUUCCACUAACUCUUUUAAAAAAAAAUUUGUACAUCUACACAUUUACAUUAGAAGAGUUUUAACAUACCAAAACAGGCACAUCAUUUAAAAAAAAUCAAAUAAUACAGAAGGAUUUAAAAUGAAGAGUAACAGUCCUCCACCCCAACUUCACUUUUGUUCCUCAAAGGCAAUUACUUCUAAUUAGUUUGGGUUGUUGGUUUUUCAAAAUAGUCACUUCCACAUCUUUAAAUAAUAUGUUUGUACCACUUUCUUGACUUACCAACUUUGGGCAAUGUCUAUUGACUGUCUGAUAGAUUACGAGUUAUGUCUCUCAUUCCUUGUAAUUAGUACUAGUGAGGUCACUAUUCUGAGUUCCUUGAAUGUCACAUCAAUACCUCCAUUUCUUGUUCAGUAAACAUAAAUCAUAUCAUGUUUCCCCACUUUGUGCAAUGAAGACCUUGGAGCUUCCUCCCUUCCCUCAAUGUCUCCAAACUCUCUUUAUCUCCUUUCUGUUCCCUGUAUUUUUAUUUUAACUUGACAACAUGUUUAAUCAGCUCUGUAACCAUUCCAUCAGGAAAAGCCUGAAUGGUUAUGAUUAAGCUCAAUGCCAUCUACUGUUGAAGACACAAAAUCUCACAAUUAGGAAAAAAGA